UCCCCCCGUGCUGAUGUGUACCGUGUGCGGGGAGGGGGGAGCGGCGCGGUGCGGCCGGCAGCCCCUCCGCGCUCCGCUGUGAGGGGGAUGCGGGUGCCGUCGGGGCCCUGCCCCCCGUUGCGGCGGCUUCUCCUCCUCCUCCUCCUCCCGCAGCUGCGGGCUCCCCCGGCUCCGGGGCUCCGCGCUGCCGCCGCGUAAGGCGCCGUGCCGCCCCGCGGGGACCCCCCGCCCGGCUUCGGUAGGCGGCCAUGGCCUCCAAAGUGCUGCGGGCGGUGGUGUUGGGUCCCCCCGGCUCGGGGAAGGGGACGGUAUGCGAGAGGAUCGCCCGCAGCUUCGGGCUCCAGCACCUCUCCAGCGGCCAAUUCCUGCGGGAGAGCCUCCGCGGCGGCGGCGAAGUUGGCGGCUUGGCAAAGCAGUACCUUGAGAGAGGCCUUCUGGUGCCUGACCACGUCAUCACGCGUGUGAUGAUGACGGAGCUGGAGAAGCGGCGAGCAGAGCAUUGGCUGCUUGAUGGUUUCCCACGGACGCUGGGACAAGCUGAGGCACUGGACAAGAUCUGUGAGCUGGACCUGGUGAUCAGCCUGCACAUCCCCUUCGAGACGCUGAAGGACCGCCUGAGCGCCCGAUGGAUCCACCCAGCGAGCGGACGGGUCUACAACAUGGAGUUCAACCCUCCUCAUGUGCAUGGCAUUGAUGACGUGACGGGCGAGCCACUGGUCCAGCGUGAGGAUGAUAAACCUGAGGCCGUCACGUCCCGGCUCAGAAAGUACAAAGAUGCUGCAAAGCCAGUGAUAGAGUUAUACAAGAGCAGGGGUAUCCUGCACUCAUUUUCGGGGACAGAGACCAACAAGAUCUGGCCAUAUGUGUAUGCUCUGCUGUCCAACAAGAUCCCACCCCUGCGCUCAGAAGAGGAGCACUAAGCAGCUUGGGCCGGGGACCAGGAGCUGGUGUGAUGACUGCUUGGUUUCUCUGCACGGUGCUGGAGCUGUGCUCAAAUUAGGCAAUCAUGCAGUACCAUCGCCAGGUGUGCUGGAUAACAGCUGUGGAAACACGGUUAUAACCAGUAUCCAGGUGAAAAGAUCUAUGCUUACAAGGUCAAGUCUGCUAGAAUAAGUGUUAUUUCUUCGAGGCUAGAAAAUAUUCCUGCCUGUGAUCCAACCACACAGAUCAAUGGUGCAAACCUAGGUCAUGAUUCUUUCAGGUUUACACAACUUGCCAUGAUCUCCCUGCCACCCCCGUAUGAAACACCAGCCUCUAAGCCUAUAAUGUGCCGUUCCAUUGCCCUGUAGUACUGUUUAACACAGGUCUCUCUCUUGUUGUCUUUAAAAAAAAAAAAAUAUUUUCUAUUAAAUUUAUUUCUUAGAGAAGUAAAGUUCUAAAGUGCAAGACUUCAGCCGGGUGGGAAUUGGUGAAGAACACAGAAAACAUUCACACUAGAGCUCAGAAACAUCAAGAUCACAUUUCUGGUAACAGUAGACAUAGAAGAGGGGAAACACAGGAGGUAGAAUUACCUACUUGUGCUUUUCCCAUCAGGAGAGAUGAAGAAAACAGUAGAAAAAGCUGCUACGAGCUGGUGUGAUGUGGAGCAGGAAGGUGAGCAGGCUCUGGUUUGUGUUUACCUUGUCCGUAGCUUUCCAUGCCACGAGAUACAGCCCCGUUUCAGUAGCUUCUCCCAAAGAUUUCAGAUGUGUUUUGGUGAGAAACAGAGUCAUUCCUUGUUCUCUGCUGCCUUUGUCCCACUGGAAAGGGGCUGUCCCAAGGAUGUGCCUCCUGUGAGGGGUUCACCUGCAGUGGUUGCAGGCUCUGGCAGUGCCACAGUCCUGCUGUCUGUCCCUUAUGUCCAUGAGGGCUGUCAAAGUGACCACACUCCUUUCAGCAGUGUUGUGUGUGAGCGUGCAUCUGUCUGAAGCAGCAUUAGCAUGCUCCUGCUGCCCAGCAAUUGGUUUGCAAACAAGAUAAGGGCCGUGCUGGUGCUGUUCCCACCCCUGCAUGCAGGAGCUCUGGGCACAGCCACUGGGUCUAUGGGGACGAUCCCCUGGUCUCCUCCAGUUGCCUUAUUUUAUAGACUCUAUAUUUAAGAAAAAAAAAAAGAAAGCAAGGUGUGUAUUUUUUAAAGUUUAAAAAAUAAAGCUGAAAUUUUAGCAUCUGCUUUGGAGAACGCUUUGCCGAGCUGCUUGCUGCAGUCUGCCAGCCCACAGGCAGGCAUGCAGAGAAGCUGUCACUGCCCUCCACCCGUGCAAUCAAUUCGAGCAGCCUGGGCAAGUUCCUGUUGCUGAAAUGUCACUGUGUUUUUGCUUGGGGAGCAGCUCUGCAGCAGGGCAGGGCGGACCAACUUUUUAGGGAAAUAUUCUUUUAGGACUUUUUUCUUUCUUUGGCCCUGGGGGCACUUCUGUGAGCCACCUCCACCUCAAUGCCACCAGCAGCUCUGCUUGUCUCUGGCUCGGCUGGGGACAGCUUUGCCCUCGCUUUCUCCUGAUAACAGCCAGAAUCCAUCACGAUCCCCUGCAGUAGCAUCUCUGGCACGAGAGCGCUUGUUUCAGAGGCUCUGAGCUCUCCCAUAGAUGCAGAACCUCGUGGCCACGCAUCCCUGCAGCCCUCAGGACAGGUUUUUCUGUAAGAGUUGUACUUUGCACUUUGGCGGACCAAACCCCGGGUUGUCCCACCAGGCAGCGCAGCCCUCGCUCUCCUCUGCCCCUGUGCUGUGAAUCUCGCGCUUCCCACAGCCGCACUGUAGGGACCAAAGGGCGGCUGGUGCCCACGUCCCAGGAUGUGACACUGAGUUUUGCUCCUUGAGUUUUCUCCCGGGGAAUCUCCAUUGCUGUUCUGCCGCUUGGAAGAUGUAAAUAAAUUUUUUCUCCUGCUUAUCUCCA